AUGAAAGCAUGUUAUCGAACCAAAAUAAGGAACUGCCAAAAUUAAUAGCCCCUCAGGCAGAUGAUUGGAAAUUCAAGAUUUCAUACAGAACAGUCGCUGUUACGAGUUUUCUGCAUUUGUCAGCGUUAUACGGACUUUAUUUGAGCUACACAUCAGCUUAUUGGGCUACUUUAGUUUUUGACCUUGUCCUAUUGGAAGCCAGUAUGCUCGGCCUGAUGGCAGGAGCCCACCGCCUCUGGGCCCACAGGAGCUACAAAGCCACCCUCCCUCUGCAGACCAUCCUCAUGCUAUUCCAAUCAUUAGCAGGCCAGUACACCGCCCUCAACUGGGCCAAAGACCACCGGCUCCACCACAAACAUAGCGACACUGAUGCAGACCCCCAUAACGCUGCGAGAGGUUUCUUCUUCUCUCAUGUGGGCUGGUUCCUGGUCCAUAAGCAUCCGGAGGUAAAGAGACGGGGAGCCAGCAUAGACUUGUCUGAUUUGAUGCGCAAUCCUGUGCUGGUGUUUCAGAAAAAAUAUGGCUUCUACAUCAUCACCCUGUUCACCUACGUUCUCCCCACCCUUUGCCCGAUGUUCUGGGGGGAGACCUUCAACACCGCCUUCCAUGUCAACAACCUCCGCACCAUGUUGUGUCUUAACUUCGUCUCUCUCAUCAACAGUGCCUCUCAUGCGAUCGGAAAAAGACCUUACGAUAAAGAAGUCCUGGCUACGGAAAACAUGGCAGUGAACCUAGCCACUCUUGGCGAAGGAUUCCAUAACUAUCACCACGUUUUCCCGUGGGACUAUAGGGCUGCUGAGUUAGUUAGUAAGCUUAACUGGACAGCAGCGUUUAUAGAGUUCUUUGCGUGGAUCGGAUGGGCGUAUGACUUGAAGACAGUGGAGAAUGGUGUGGUUGUCAAAAGAGCUAAGAGGUGUGGAGACGGGACUUAUGAAAAACCGAAAUUGGGUGCGAGGCGGUAA